AAUUCACUUUGACCUUUUUGACGAACUACUGUCCUUGGGCAACGUGAGUUUUCUUGCUGUAUAGAGGAGCCUACGUAUGCGGCACCUGUCAAUGUAUUUAAGUGUUUGCAAGGCUCAAUAAAUAACUACGGUAAAAGUGUAUUUCCGUGGGGUUUUGUACAUCUGUCAAACCGGUUCGUCAUAUUGAAAAAUCGUAGCAUUGCGCAGUAACAGGUUUGAUAAGAUGUCUGGGAACUGUAGGCCCUUGCUGUUAGCGUUAAGUCGCUCUGUGGUGGGGAGACAGGUCUCCAGGAGCGUAUUGUCGCAGAGUAGUGCCGCAGGGACCAGAACAGUAGUGGAGAGAUGUGGCCGUCCGCGGUUCCAUCACCAUUGGACGGCCGCACUGAAACCCCGGUAUCACAGCCUCUCCGCUGUGCAGUCCCAACUCGGGCUACACUCAGAGUCAGGAGCCCCCUUCAAAGAUGAUGACUACCCACCUCUACCAGACUACAACUCUGACCCAGGACCGGAGAAGAAGGAGGUGUUUAUCAUCAGAGCUAAAGGACUUCCAUGGUCCUGUACCACAGACGAUCUCAUUCAGUUCUUCUCUGAGUGCCGUGUGCGUGACGGUGUGAAGGGGAUCCACCUGACGGUGAACCGGGACGGGAAGCCCAACGGCCAGGCCUUUAUAGAGCUGGAGCAUGAAGAGGACGUCAGCAAGGCCCUGGAGAAACACAGACAGUACCUGGGACCACGCUAUAUAGAAGUGUUUGAGGUGACCAACAGCGAUGCGGAGGCCAUCUUGAAGAAGUCAGUUCAGCUCCCAGCCAGAGACGGAGUGGUACGGAUCAGAGGUCUCCCCUACAGCUGCACAGAGACUGACGUCAUGCUCUUCUUCUCUGGUCUGGAUGUGACGGAGGACGGGGUGACUCUAGUGACAGACCACAGAGGAAGGAACUCAGGGGAGGCCUAUGUCCAGUUCCUGUCCCAGGAGCAGGCUGACGAGGCCCUGACCAGAGACAGAGAGGUCAUCGGAAACCGGUACAUCGAGGUGUUCCCCAGUAGGAGGAGUGAGAUCGGAGGUCGGAAGAAGACAGAGUCUGUUGAAGAGGGCAGAAACUCCAGACAGAGUCAACCACACAGGCCUGCAGCACAGCCUCCGAGACAUGGUGAGACAGACAGACCUGCAGCACAGCCUCCUAGACAUGGGUCUCAUCCGGUAUCUUCUCUGCCCCAACACUUUGUUCACAUGAGAGGACUGCCCUUCCAAGCCACAGGAGAUGACAUCGUUCAGUUCUUCUCUCCUCUAGCGCUGUCCAGGAUUCUGGUGGAGUUCGGUCCAGACGGGAGGGCCAGUGGAGAGGCUGAUGUUUACUUCACAUCGCACCAGGACGCCGUCUCAGCCAUGACCCGGGACAAGGCACACAUGCAAGAGCGAUACAUCGAGCUGUUCCUGAAUUCAACAUCAUCUGACGAGGGGCAAUGAGGUUUACCAGGUUGGUCUGAAUUCAACAUCAUCUGACGAGGAGCAAUGAGGUUUACCAGGUUGGUCUGAAUUCAACAUCAUCAGACGAGGGGCAAUGAGGUUUACCAGGUUAGCGGUGGGCUGAAGGACGACAUCGGGAGGUGUGGUGGUGAAAAUCCCCAUCGACUGGAUGUGUCACCAUUUGUAAGGGUGUAGAAAUUAUGUUGAAUAUAAUAAAACUACGUUCAAUCUGA